UUAGCGCUCGAGCUCACCCGUCGGCCAUGGCGGCGCCGGCGCCGCGGUCCAUCGUGCCGCGCGUGGCCUUCGGGUUCAACAGCAGCGUGUCGACGCCCGUGGUGGCCCUGGAGCAGGAGAGCCUCACCUACAUCACCUUCACGGGGUCGCGGGCCGCCUUCGUGUCGGCGGAGGAGAUCGGCGGCGAGAACCUGGCCGAGGGGUCGUCGAAGCCCAUGCACUUCUUCCCCGCGAUCCGCGUGCGGGGCACGCCGGCGCGCGUCGUCACGGCCGUCGCCUUCCACAAGCGGCGCAAGCUCCUGGGCCUCUGCGUGUCGCAGCUCCCGCGGGCCGCGCCGCCGGCCGUCGUCGUCUACUCGCUCGCGCAGUGCGGCGGCGCCUGGGUCCCCACGGUCGUCGGGACCCACACCUGGGACGAGGCGCCCGGCGGCGCGACCUUUGGCGCGGCGGACUUCAACGCCGACGCGUCGCUCGUGGUCUGCGCGUCGAAGGCGGAGGGCCGCGAGCGGCCGUCCGUCGCCGUCGGCUUCGACUGGGCCAAGCCGCCGGAGGAGGGCCUCGCGUUCUGCAGCCCCCUCGAGGCCGCCUGCGCGCACGUCUGCUGCCACCCGCGGGACCCGCUGGAGCUGUCGACGUCGGGCCCGCAGCACGUCCAGCUCUGGCGCCUGCUCCGCUCCGAACUGAAACCGCGCGCCGCCGCGAGCCACCUGCCGCCCGGCGGCGGCGGCAAGGCCGAGUACACGAUCCACCUCUGGCUCGAGUCGGAGAUGCUCGUCGCGGGCACGUCGGGGGGCGACGUCGCCAUCGUCCAGGAGAACGAGCAGACGCAGCGCUUCGAGGGCGUGCACCUGUCCUCGGUCCGCGGCGUCGUGCCCCUGGAGCACGGCUUCGCGACGUGCUGCUCGUCCUGCGGCGUCUGCGUCUUCCGCCGCGACGACGACCCGCGCCAGCGGAAGCGGGGCAAGGUCGGCGUGAAGCUCAUGAGGCGCCUCGCGCUCGACGGCGCGCGCAACGUCGUCGCGUGCUCCUCCUUCCCGCCGGCGAACGCCAACUCCGCCGCGGCGACGCUCCUCGUCUGCCGCCACGCCGUCGCGCUGCUGGACCUGCCCCAGCUCCUGCUGACGACGGACCCGAAGGCGAAGCGGCUGCCGGCGAAGCGUCUCGGCGCGCCGCACCACGAGGGCGACGUCAUGGCGCUGUCCGCGGGGCUGUCGAAGCCCCUGUUGGCGUCGUGCUCGACGGUGGGCGGCGCGGUCUGCGUCUGGGACUGGCGCGCGCGCGAGCUCGCGGUGCGCUACGUGGGGGACGAGGCCUUUGCGAAGCAGGCGCUCGUGUGCCUCGACGUGCACCCGGGCGGCUACGAGCUCCUGGUGGGCCUCGAGGACGAGAUGCGCGUCUACCGCCUCGGCCACCGCGAGCUCUUUUUGGCGCAGAAGCUCGCGACGAAGGGCGUCGUGCCGCUCCCGCGCGACGACCGGCCCCUCGUGUCGACGACGCCGCUGUCCGCCCUCGCCUACGCCAACGGCGGCCACCUCUUCGCCGCCGUCAUGGGAAGGCUCGUCCAGGUCUUCGAGUCGCGCGCGACGCGCGACGCGGGCCGCGCGGGCUUGCUGCACGCGCUCCGGGGCCACGCGGGCAACGUGCGGGGCUUGGCCUGGGCGCCCGACGACCAGCGGCUGUUCACGGUGUCCGAGGACGGCGCGGUCUACGAGUGGUCCAUCGGCCGCUUCGAGGACCGGCACCGCAUCGUCGCGCGGACGCGCGACUGCGUGCGCCUCGGCGUCAAGUGGGCCUGCAUGUGCGUCUUCGACGACGGCGCCCUGGUCGCCGCGGGCGCGCCUCGGGGCUCGGAGAACCGCCGGGGCCGCGACGCGUCGCCCGCGGGCGGCGAGGGCCGCGUCGAGGAGCCGCUGGUCUGCGUCUGGCCGGGCGCGAUCGACGGCCCGUCGACGGACGUGCUCCUGGGGGACCGCGUCGUCACCUGCCUCCUCCCCGUGGACCCGGCGGGCGACGCCGCGGGCCUGCUCGUCGCGGGCACGGCCUUCGGGUCCGUGGUGACCGCGCGGUGGCCCUUCGACGGGCCCGACGGCGCGCCGGGCGACCUGCGGGAGCUGCCGCUCUGCGACGGCGCCGUCGUCGCGUUGACGUUCUGCCGCCGCGACGACACGCUCUGCGCCGCGGGCCGCGGCGGCGCGAUCCUCGUCUGCUCCGCGGGCCGCGACGGCUUCCUCGGCGUCCGCGCGGCUCAGGGCAGGACAAGGGUGAUUCAAGUUCGCUUCAACAUGAGCGCGUCGCUCAAGCAGGCCCAGGCCUUCGGCGGGCCGUCGGACGAGAUGGUGCUCAUCGAGCGCGGCGCCUUCUACAAGCUCGAGAACGACGUGCGCACGCUCGUCGGCCAGCUCGAGCAGACCAAGGCCGCCGCGAAGCAGCAGCAGGACGCGGCGCGGCCCGAGUUCGAGCGGCGGCUGGGCGAGCAGGAGGAGUCCUACGAGGCGCAGCUCGAGGCGCUGGAGACGGAGGUCGACGGGGUGACGCGGCGCCUCGCCGAGGCGGAGGACGGCCACGCGGUCGCGCUCGCGGAGGCGCGCGCGGGCUUCGACGCGGAGGCGAAGGAGCUCGAGUCGCUCUACGACAAGAAGCUCGCGACCGAGGCCGCGCGCUACAUGGCCAUCCGCGACGAGAUCGACAAGAUCCGCCUCGACGCGCGCGACGAGCUCGAGAGCCAGGUUUUAGACUCGCGCAAGUCCGAGGAGAAGUGGAAGAAGUCGAAGGAGUCGCUCAAGGAGACGUACGAGGCCGAGGCGCGGCUCCUCCGCGACUACGCGGCCCAGGGCAAGCGCGAGGCGUCGGGCCUCCUCGAGGAGCAGGACCGCCGCGCGGACCUCGAGCUCUUCGCCGCGCGCGAGGCCGCGCGCGCGGACCUCGAGGAGCUCCAGCGCAAGCUCACGACGUCGCUCCACGACAAGGCCGUGCUCAAGCGGCGCAACGAGCAGCUGUCCAUGGACUACCACAAGAACCGCGACGAGCUCACGGAGAGCCAGCAGGCCUUCUACGCGGCGCGCGACCGCGCGGCGGACGCCGAGGCGCGCCUCGGCGCCGCGCUCGCGGACCUCCGGCGCGAGCGCGGCCUCCGCGAGCGCCACGAGCGCCUCGCGGCGGACCAGGAGAAGCAGCUCGACGACCUGGUGCGCUGGAAGCGCAUGCUCGGCGAGCAGAAGGCGUCCCUCGAGGAGACGAUCGCGGCCAAGGACGGCGACCUCGCCGCGCUCGAGAAGAAGUGGCGCAAGCUCGACGGCAUCCUCGAGGACGCGGGCAUGCAGAACAAGGCCAUGGGCAUCACGCUGAACCGCAAGGCCAACGAGCUCCAGCGCGCGCGGACGCGCGUCGGCGAGUGCCGCAAGCACAUCUUCUCCAAGGACAAGCGCCUCGGCGGCCUCGUCGAGCAGAUCGACGUCUUCCUCCUCAAGCUCCGCGACCCCGCGAUCCGGCCCCAGGCCGUCGUCCUCGAGGAGCUCCACGCCGUCCGCGACGCCGUCGUCCGGCUCCAGCCCGCGCGGCACCGCGCGGGGCCGCCGGAGCCCGACGGCGGCGCCGGCGACGACGACGGCGCCUCCGACGACAAGCGCGACGCCGCGGCGCGGCGCAAGCCCAAGCCCCGGCCCAGGGCCGUCGGCGUCGGCGCGGACAAGACGCCCGAGGAGCGCACCGUCGACAUGCUCCGCGCGCAGAACCUCGAGCUCAUGGAGGAGCUCAACGACCUCCGCUUCGACCGCAAGUCGCUCCACCGCAAGCUCCGCGACGAGCAGUUCAAGAACAAGUGGGGCAAGCGCGCCGCGCGGCCGCGGCCGGGCGACGACGACGACCAGGCCGACCACGCGUCGAGCGUGCCGGAGCUCGUCCCCAUCCACGCCCAGACCGUGCCCCCGGACUUCCGGACGAAGCUGCCGGACCACCUCCGGCCCCUCGCGGGGAGCUCGUAACGCGGGCGCGCGACGGGGGGUCGACGUCGGCCCGGGGGGAGCACAACGGCGGCGGCGGCGACGGAGGCGACAGCGAUGGCGGCGAUGGGCGCCUUGGGGAUCGGGGGACAACAGAGGGGGCGGCGGCGGCGGACGCUACUUCAUCUCGACGACCUUGGUCGCGGCGGCCGGCUCCUUGGCGGCGCGGCAGAGGCCGGCGAAGAGGAUCGUGGCGAUCGUCGCGAGGGCGACGACGACCAUGGCCACGUGUGUGGGCGGCGGCCCCGAGCGCUUCUUCUUGCUGCUCGCGCCGUCGUCGUCGUCGUCCGCGGACGCGGCGCGGCAGAACUUGACCUCGGCGCGGUCCGAGUAGAGCGCGCGGUGCGCGGCGGC